GAAGUGCGUGCAAGUGUUUCGUGAUGGCCUUAAGGUCUGUGAUAUCCUCUAAAAUACCAAUGGUGAUAAUUUUGGGUGCAACGGGUACAGGAAAAACUAAAUUAGGCGUGGAAUUGGCCCAAAAACUGGGUACGGAGAUCAUCAGCGCAGACUCGAUGCAGAUCUACAAAGGUUUGGACAUAGUGACGGCGAAGGCAUCCCGCCAAGAGCGUGAGCUGGUGCCACAUCACCUGCUUGAUAUUCUGGAGCCGCACCAGGCGUUCACCGUUGUGGAUUUCAGGGCCAGAUCCCUUAAAAUCAUAGACAACCUAACCAAACAAGGAAAAGUACCCGUCAUAGUGGGUGGUACCAACUAUUACAUUGAAUCAAUUGUAUAUCAUAUACUAGUCGAACAUACCGAAAACACAAAUGAAUUACUUUGGGAUAAGAGUAACAGGAAGAGAGAUUUUUAUGAAGCUGACAACCUGAGUGAUGUAGCUAGUAAAAAAGCGAAGGAAUCUGAUGAUCCUGUAAAUUGUGAAGAUGUAUCGGACGUUUCAACAGCUGAAUCUAAUGUGAAUAUAAAAAACACAAAAGGUUCAACACCAGGAACUAAUGUGAAAAAUGAAUGUUCCGAAGACCAAGGUGAUUUAAUAUCAGAACAUGAAAUGAAAGAUAAUGAAGAGAAAAAGAUAGAUGUAGAAAGUUUGAAACAAGAUGUAGGAAAUGAAAGUAAGUUCUCUAACGAAGAAAUACAUUUGAAAUUAAAGGCGAUUGAUCCUGUCAUGGCUUCACGUCUUCAUCCCAAUAACAGGCGGAAAGUUUUAAGGGCAAUAGAAGUCUGGCUCAAAACGGGUCGGCGUCACAGCGAGGUUCUUGACCAGCAGAAGAUUACCGAAGGGCAGCUAAGGAGACCUGGAGCGACCAUCAUACUGUGGUUGAAAUGCGAACAGAGUGUCCACGACGAGCGUUUGAACGCCAGAGUUGACGCCAUGCUGGAAGAUGGCCUGAUAGAAGAGUUGCUCAACUUCCACGAUCGCCACAACAAGCAGAGAAUGGAUGGCAAAACACCUGACUACACAAAAGGAGUGUUCCAGACCCUAGGCCUAAAGGAAUUCCACGAAUAUCUCAUGCUACCGGCGGAUAAGAAAAAUUCUGACGAAGGACAAAAACUCCUACGGGAUAGUAUCGCAAACAUGAAGCUCAGUACAAGAAGGUAUGCGAGACGUCAAAACAAAAUGGUUAGGGGAAGAUUUUUGGAACACCCUUCCAGAGAGGUUCCACCGAUUUAUGAAUUGGAUACUACAGAUCUUUCUAAAUGGGACGACGAAGUAAAAAAUAAAGCUUUUAACAUCAUAGAAAGUUUCAUAAAUGAUACUCCAUGUCAAUACGAGCCUUUAAAGCAAAGUAUUCCUGAAGAUAAAAGAGGUAUUGAUGGGCAUUCAUGCAACUUUUGUGAUAUUUGUGAAAGGCUUAUAAUUGGUGACAAAGAAUUCUCUGUACAUCUUACCUCACAUAAACACAUGCGAGUAAUCAAAAGGAAGAAUAAAAUAGCUAUGCAGUUACAGCGAACGCAAGAAAAAGUUGUACAAUCUGGAAAUAAUGACAAAUGAGAUUAAAAGGAAAAAAUCCCAUAUAGACAAUUUUCUUCAUAGUCUUAUACCAAAUACUAAUUAAAAGGAGUUUCAUUGAUGAUUUUUAUAUAGUUUUACCUAUGAUUUUUUAUCUAAGAGUGAAUAAAAGAUUAUUAA